GUCUAGUGACCGACUUCCGCCCCAUGUCUUCAGUUAUGCAUCAACCGGCAAAGGCAAGCAGUUGAGCUACGACGCCAGGGGAGGUAGACGAACAGAUGUUGUCAAACGAAGGAAUGGAAACCUGACAUUAACUUUGAAUAGGAAAAGAGAGUAAACGUCGUCGUGGGCAGCUGUCGUAUGUGGACGCGGUGGUGAAACUGGAGGGGAUAGGGCGACAGGGAGAAGCUGAUGAAUACGUUUCAUUUGAGGAGGCGGACCCCUCACUGCGUCUUCGAUAUGCUGAAAGCAGGCCCGGUGUGUUCAUACUGUAUGUGGAAGUACAGAUAGGUUACUAUUCUGUCUUUAUUCAAUCAUGAGGAUCGGAUACAUUGUCCUUUAAACCGCGUUGGACACGCCGCGUAUUAUUUCCUGGCGAGCUAGAGCCAAUUCAUUUGGUCGUGUGUUUUUUCAGACAGAAGAUACCAUACCUCUACCCAUUUGCACUUUUUUCUUUGGAAGUUGACUUCAAAGUAGAGUGUGCUACCGGUUUGUCUCAUAGAGCUAGCUUGAAAUCGUUCUAUAAGAUCUGAGUAACGCAUGAGGGGAGUCGCUUGAGGUCUAGCUUACUUCAUGCCACGCACUGGAGCAGGCCUAUCAUUUUUGGAUGGACUUUUGAAGUAUUAUGGCCUCAUUUUUGACGUUGCGAACACUUGAAUUAGAUAUUUUUUUGUAGAUAGGCCUAGCCUAUUAAUUGUCAUUAUCUAUAGCCUAUAGAUGCAAAUAGUGGAGCAUUUCUAAACACCAACAGCUCCUAGUCUAUUUCGCUGUUAUCUAUUCAUAUGUGGUAUUUAUCUAAACACAGCGUUUUUUUUAAAGGUGAUGCAUUUUAUCUAACUGUCGUCUGACGUUUCAUUCUUGUGGCUCGACAUAUUCGAAUACUUUUAUCCCAAACGCAAUUCUCCAGGUAGUCUUUACACCCGGCGGAAUCCUUGGAGAAAGCGUUCUAUUUCGGAAUAGACAUUAUUUUUGUAUUUAUUCUCUCUUCACGCGGAAAAUAAUUAGUGGCCUCCCCCACGAUGAGUUACUUCUACCAAGCAGUGCUUCUAUUGCUACGUGGACUCGUCAUCUCUGCGGUACUGGGAUUGGAAAGCAGUUACUCAACCGAUCUGUCGACCCGUGCUUCUAAUGCCGCAAUUGUAGCCACUACAGACCCCUGUCUGACAGUGAUGCCUCCAUGCAUGGGUGCCGCAGACCGUUUCAGCCUGGAGGCCCUCCGGGUCAUUCACAAACAGCUGGAUGACGACAAUGACGGGGGAAUCGAGGUCAACGAGAGUGUAGAGUUUAUUAGAGAAGAUAUGAAGCAACAACAAACUAACAAACACAGUAACCUUCACAGGGAAGACCAACACAUCACUGUGGAAGAGCUGUGGAAGGGCUGGAAAACCUCAGAAGUUCAUAACUGGACGACGGAGGACACAGUCCAGUGGCUGAAGGAAUCUGUGGAGCUGCCUCAGUACGAGACGAGCUUCAGAGAGUUCCGGAUCAAUGGAAACACUCUGCCUCGAUUGGCGGCGAACGAACCGUCGUUUAUGUCGGGUCAGCUGAAGAUAUUAGACCAGCGGCACAAACAGAAACUCAAUCUCAAAGCACUAGAUGCUGUGCUCUUCGGCCCUCCGUCACGUCCGCAACACAACUGGUUGAAGGACUUUGUGUUGAUGGUAUCUAUAGUGAUCGGGGUGGGGGGCUGCUGGUUCGCUUAUAUCCAGAACAAGUCUUCCCGGGUCCACAUGGGUCAGAUGAUGAAGGACUUGGAGAGCCUGCAGAGUGCUGAGCAGAGCCUCAUGGACCUACAGGGACGGUUGGAGAAGGCCCAGGAGGAGAACCGCACAGUGGCGGUGGAGAAGCAGAACCUGGAGCAGAAGAUGAGAGACGAGAUCAGCGGGGCCAAGAAGGAGUCGUACCGUCUCCGCGAACUCCGCCAGGGGGCCGAGUGUGAGCUCAGCCGCCUCAAAUACGCAGAGGAGGAGCUGGUGCAGGUUCGUAUGGCCCUGAAGCGAGCAGAGAAGGAGAUGCAGACGGAGUGGUCGGUGCCCGACGCCCUACAGAUGUGGCUACAACUCACCCACGAGGUGGAAGUCCAAUACUACAACAUCAAGAAACACAGUGCGGAGCUACAGCUCACGGUCGCUAAGGAAGAGGCAGAGAAAAUCAAGAGGAAGAGGAGUAGUGUGUUUGGGACCCUUCACGUCGCUCACAGCUCGUCACUGGACGAGGUGGACCACAAGAUCCUAGAGGCCAAGAAGUCCCUGUCGGAGGUGACGGCCUGCCUGAGGGAGCGCCUCCACCGCUGGCAGCAGAUGGAGAAGCUGUGCGGCUUCCCCCUGGUGCACAACGCUGGGCUGCCCAGCCUGACUGCCACCCUGUACUCAGACCACAGCUGGGUGGUCAUGCCCCGCGUCUCCGUGCCCCCCUAUCCCAUCGCCGGUGGGGUGGACGACCUCGACGAGGACACUCCUCCAAUCAUUCCACAGUUAACCUCAGCCUCUAUGAUGCGGCCCCCUUUAACACGCAAUAGCAGCCUGUGCCGUUCCCGCCGGAGCCUCUACAGCACUUCAAUGACGUCAGCCGACCCCGACCUGCUCUCCAUGACCAGCUCAGCCCUCUCCUAUCAUCCCGAGGGGGAAGAGGGAUACAUCUUCUUCAUGGAGAGAAAGGGGGAUACUCAGGACACGUGUUCAGACACAGACUCUCUCAACUCCUCCAUGGGGCGUAAACAGUCCUACACCAACCCCUGCACACCGGGCCCAGAGACCCCCUACCGCAAGAUCUCCCGUGAGGACCUGAUGAUGCUGAGCCAGCAGGAGCCUCAGUCUUAUGUCCGGGACUCACCACCUCCUCAAGGGGGAUCCUCGGCCCCCUCCCCAGCCCUGGAGCACCACAGACACAAACACAAGGGUUCGCCCGACCUCACCCGUGGAUCUAUCCCAGAGUCCCACAGCAUGUCCUUCGCCACUUCGUCGGCAGGCAACAAGGCCAUGUACAACGGUAUCCUGGAGAAGUCCUAUAGCAUGGGCCAGCUGCACGCGAGCAUGACAGGGGCAGGCGGGGUGGCGGUCGGCCGCUACCCGUCCCUCACCUCAAUGGACAAUGAGGGCAGGGGGGCGGGGGCCAAGGAGCAGAAGCAACCGAGUACCUCCUCCCAGGACUCCAGUGGCAACGGAGACAAGGCCAAGAGGUCCUCGUCCAAAAUCAAGAGCUUGUUCAAGAAGAAAAAAUAGUCCUACACACACAGAGAGAGAGAAAGAGAGAGAUUCUAGCCUUAAAAAAAUGGCCGUCAUCAAAGGAAGCCAAAACAUUAUUUUUGUUCCUUUUUUUUCUUCCAAGAUGGAAUGUAUCUCUGGCUGGAUCCCUCAUACCUCUUCCAGAUCGGAAGCCUUAUUUUUCAAUAAUGCCUUUUUUUUCACUCAUAGGGUGCUGCUGAUGCAUACCAGAUCUUACAACACCUGGAUAGGUAUUUUACUUAUCAGCAAACCACAUCAUAUGUUGUAGCAAUCUGUCAGUCGAUGAUGUGGCGCGCAAACAUUGGUUGAUGCAUGCAACGUAUGAGUAGGGUAACGCGACCAUAGCCUCACAUUUAAGCCUUCAAAGGUUACAGAAAAGUCAAAAGGUCAAGGGUCGUGCCAGCUGCCGUCGCCCAGUCAAUCGUGAAGAGCAUUAGUAAUUAGUCACAUCUCUUGUCUUCUCUUGUUCUUUUUGAGUAAAAGAACCAAAAAAUAAAUAACACUUGUUCUACCUGGAAACUGAGGGGGUUUACAUGGUGGGCUUGUUAACUUGACAUCACUUCCUGUCUGACAGAGGCUCCUGAGCUCUGGACUCAUUUCCUUUGAGAAGUAAAAAUCCUGCUGAGUUUGUUGCACUACUGCCUCCUGUUUUCUGGGAAAGGACCGCCGCUGCGUGUGGACUAAAUAUUGAUGUGUAGAAGAGAAUGAUGUAUGGAUAGAGGCCUUGGGGAGAUGCAACAUAUGGUAGACUAUUGCAGCCAGAACCAGUUGGUGCGUUUUCCAAUGUCUCUCGUUAUGGAUUGUUCUAUAUAUAUAUACACACACACACACACACACACACACACACACACACACACACACACACACACACACACAUACGGUGAGGUUCGAAAUGAUUGACACCCUUGAUAAAGAUGAGCAAUAAUAACUGUAUGAAAAAAAUUAUUGAAAUAAUGAGCUAUAUUCUAUUCUAAAAACAAUUAUACUAUACUGAACAAAAUAUAUACCACAAUUUCUAUGAUUUUACUGGGUUACAGUUAAGGAAUUCAGUUAAUUUAAAUAAAUGCAUUAGGCCCUAAUCUAGGCCCUAAUUUCACAUGACUGGGAAAUACAGAUAUGAAUCUGCUGGUCACAAAUACCUUCUUUUUUUAAGUAGGGGUGUGGAUCAGAAAACCAGUCAGUUUCUGGUAUGACCACCAUUUUCCUCAUGCAUCGUGUCACAUCUCCUUCACCCUGUGUUGAUCAGGCUGUUGAUUGUGGCCUGUGGAAUGUUGUCCCACUCCUCUUCAAUGACUGUGCGGAGUUACUGGAUAUUGACGGGAACUGAAACACAUUAUCAAACAUGUCGAUCCAGAGCAUCCCAAACAUGCUCAAUGGGAGUCAUGUCUGGUGAGUGUGCAGGACAUGGAAGAACUGGGACAUUUUCAGCUUCCAGGAAUUGUGUACUAUAAAAUGCAAUUGUGUUCGUUGUCUGUAGCUUACGCCUGCCCAUACCAUAACAUACCUCCAUUAUUGGGCACUCUGUUCACAUCGUUGUUAUCAGCAAACCGCUCGUCCACACGACUCCAUACCCGUGGCCUGCUGUUGUGAGGCCGGUUGGACGUUCGGCCUAAUUCUUUAAAACGAUGCUUACAGUAGAGAAAUAAUUUAAUGUUUUAUCUGUCAACAGUUCUGGUGGACAUCCCUGCAGUCAGCAUGUCAAUUGAAUGUGCCCUCAAAAUUUGAGAUGUCUGUGGCAUUGUGUUGUGACAAAGAAACUGCACAUUUUAGAGUGGCCUUUUAUUGUCCCCGGCACAAGGUGCACCUGUGUAAUGAUCCUGCUGUUUAAUCAGCUUCUUGAUAUGCCACACCUGUCAGGUAGAUGGACAAAGGAGAAAUGCUCACUAACAGGGAUGUAAACACAUUUGUUUCCAGAAAUAAGUUUCAUCAUUUUGUGCAUAUGGAACAUUUCUGGGAUCUUUUAUUUCAGCUCAUGUUGCGUUUAUAUUUUCUGAUCAGGAUAAUACAAUUGCUCAGAGAAAGAGAUUUUGUUUAACAACUUAUUCAUUUUUUUUUUUUAAUUGCUGACACCCCUAAAGUUUCUUAUGAAUAAAUAGUCAAAAAUGUAGUAUUUGGUCCCAUAUUCCCAGCACACAAUGACUACAUCAAACUUGUGACUACAAACUUGUUGGAUGCAUUUGCAGUUUAUUUGGUUGUUUCACACUCUUUUUUUUUUGUCGUUGUUGUUUUUCCCAGGAAAAAAUGAACGGUGAUUAAUGUAUUCUGUCAUUUUGGAGUCACUUCUCUUAUAAAAGAAGAAUAUAAUAGUUUCUUAACUUCUAUUGAGUUUUGGUUCUGAAACCUAAUGAGUCGAAGACAAACUCCUCCCUACACAUCCUCAAUGUAAAGCGACUAUCAAAACGCUUUCAUUCUAUGACGUAAUUCGUUUGAAGCAUGCCUCUUUGAGUGACAAAUACUGGAGAAAAAAAGUCAAAGUAAUUCACUGAAGACAGCAUUGUUAUAGAAUGUUUCUAAACAUUUCUUCAUUAAUGUGGAUGCACAAUUCAUUCAGGAUUUUCCAUAAUCACAGUACCAAAUGUUUAGAAACAUAUUAUAUUUUAGCAAUGAGGCCUGGGGGGGUGUGGUAUGUGGCCAAUAUACCACGGCUAAGGGCUGUUCUUAAGCACGACACAACGCAGAGUGCCUGGAUACUAUAAUGGCCAUAUACCACAAAUCCCUGAAGUGCCUUAUUGCUAUUAUAAACUGGGUACCAACAUAAUUAGAACAGUAAAAAUACAUGUUUUGUCAUACCUGUGGUAUACGGCUGUCAGCCAAUCAGCAUUCAGGGCUCGACCCACCUAGUUUAUAAUCUUAUUCAUAAUAAAAGUGACUCCAAAAUGACACACUAUAUUAUUUACCAAUCAUUUCUACUGGGCACAAAAUAAUCUGAAACGUUACCCAAAUAAACUGCAAAUGCAUCCAACAAGUUUGUAGAGUCACGAUCCUUGAUGUAGUCAUUAGGUGGCAGGAAUAUGGAACCAAAUACAACAAUGUUGACAAUAUUUAGGGGUGACAAUCAUUUUGACCCUUAACUUUUUUGAGGGUAAAAAAUGAUUACUUGUUAAACAAAAUCUACUGAGCAAUUUGAAUUCUUAUAAAAAAAAUAUAUAAUUUUCCUUUUAUUUAUUUGUAAAAAUGUUUUUACGAUAUAGCUCAGUGUUUGAAUUAUUUAUAGUAUACAAUCAUUAUUGUUUAUCUUUAUUGAAGAGGUCAAUAAUGUCAGACCUCACUGUUUAGACACUUUGUUUCGCCAUUAUUAUGUUCUUGUAGAUGUUUUGUAGACAAUGUGAUUUCUAUUGGUGGGGGUUCACAAGGACUGACUGGUUUUCACUGAAGAGAGCUAAAUAAUAUGUUACUUGUCGUUGUAAACUUUCCUAAAAGCUUUUCCCGAAUAUUUUACCGUUAAUUUCACCUGUUUUACCUCUCAACUUCCUUUUCCAUCAUUUACAUACGCUAUGAUAGGGACUGGUCACUAGCAACGUACAUAGCAGGAGACAAGCUAAACCCGAAGAGUAAAGUUAAUUGUUGAUAUUUUACAAUAUGCAUUUGUAAGAUCAGAAGUCUGCAGACAAAUUAGCUUUCAUAUCCCUACAUUCUUAUAGCUACAGUCACCCUCUUACACCUACAGUCACCCAUUUAAACCUACAGUCACCCAUUUAAACCUACAGUCACCCAUUUAAACCUACAGUCACCCAUUUAAACCUACAGUCACCCAUUUACACCUACAGUCACCCAUUUACACCUACAGUCACCCAUUUACCCCUACCGUCACUCAUCUUCCCAUUUACCCUGUCUGUCCAUCAAAUCCCUGCCUCACCCCCUGUCCCCUCUAAACUUCCCUGUCUGUCCAUCAAAUCCCUGCCUCACCCCCUGUCCCCUCUAAACCUCCCUGUCUGUCCAUCAAAUCCCUGCCUCACCCCCUGUCCCCUCUAAACCUCCCUGUCUGUCCAUCAAAUCCCUGCCUCACCCCCUGUCCCCUCUAAACCUCCCUGUCUGUCCAUCAAAUCCCU